GUUUCCACCUUUUUUGUUUCUACAGAUGACUGUGGUCUUUGCUGCAAAUCGUCCACGGAAUCCUUUAGAAUAAUCAUAUUCUGGCGGAAUAUUGAAGUCGAAGACUUCGAUGUAUUAGAGGAAAUAUAAGAAUGUUCUGACAUGUUCGCUAUGUAAAAACUAUACAAGAGACUGGUUCAUUUAUUAUAAUUAUGACUUGACGCUGUUUUUUCCCAGGUAGGACUUAGCUAUAACUAAAUACCAUAGUGGUUCUGAUAUAAAUGUUGCUCUUAACCAUGAAAAUGAAGUUAUUUAAGGGACAUUUGAUGUGUUCAUAAAGGAAUUGAGCUGUUUGAUAUAUGUACGGAAUAGCCUUCGACAAUAUGACUCUGCAUAACGGCAUUGCUCUAUGAUUGAUGAAUGAACUUAAGUUAAACAGUUUAAUAUAUUUUUAUGAUACAUUUUUCAAUGAUAUUGUACUUUUUGGACGAUAUAUACAUAUAAAGAGAUACAGAUUAAAUACCUGUUUAGUAACAAUCAACCAGUUUGAAUUGACACCUGCAUUGUCAUCUAAA